AAUAUUACGUAAUUGAUAAGAAUUUUAAGUAGUUGUAGUCGCAAAAAUGUUGACCGCCGUGAAAAGAUCCCUCCGUCAUGUUAUUUCUUCACACAUUAAAAUAGCAAACGGCACGUUUAAAUCAAUACACACACAGUCUUCACAUAAUUCUCCGCUGGAAGGCGUCAGAGUUCUCGAUUUAACUCGAAUUGUGGCAGGGCCGUAUUGCACAAUGAUUCUGAGUGAUUUGGGAGCGGAAGUCAUCAAAGUAGAGCGUCCCGGAAGCGGCGACGAAGCACGUAAGUGGGGCCCUCCAUUCGUGAACAAAACACCAGAAACUUCCUAUUUCAUUGCCCUGAAUCGCAACAAAAAAAGCGUCUGCAUUGACCUCAAGUCACCAAAAGGAAAACACAUUUUAUAUGAACUAGCCAAAACGUCUGAUGUACUAGUCGAAAAUUACGUACCUGGUAAACUGUGCGAACUAGAAUUAGGUUAUGAACACCUUAGGCAAGUUGCACCACAUCUCAUUUAUUGCUCAAUAACGGGCUUUGGGCCCGAGGGUCCAUACCAGUCCAAACCAGGUUAUGAUGUAGUUGCAGCUUCAAUGGGAGGCUUUCUGCAUAUAACUGGACCCAAAGGUGGAGAACCAUGCAAAGCUGGUGUUGCAAUGACUGAUUUAUCGACAGGUUUAUAUGCUCAUGGAGCCAUUUUAGCAGCUCUUUUUAAACGUACAAAAACAGGCAAGGGGCAAAAAAUUGAUUGCAAUUUACUCUCCACACAAGUCGCUUCAUUAAUUAAUAUUGGCUCAAAUUAUUUAAACACUGGAAAAGAGGCAGCGCGCUGGGGUACGGCCCAUGAAAGUAUAGUUCCUUAUGAAGCAUUUCCUACCAAAGAUGGAUAUUUCACUAUAGGUGCUGGAUCAGAUUUACAAUUCAAAGACCUGUGUAAAAGAAUGGGCAGACAAGAUCUUGCAGACAAUGAAAAGUUUAAAACUAAUCAACUCAGAGUUCAACACAGAAUUGAAUUGAUUGGGACCAUAAGAUCCAUUAUAGCUACUAAAACGAAGAAGGAAUGGGCAAAGAUUUUUGAAGGCGGUUCAUUUCCCAAUGGACCUGUUAAUACGUUGCAGGAAACUUUUGAUGAUCCUCAUAUUGAAGAAAUUGGUUUGAUACAUUCAAUGGAGCAUCCCGUUGCUGGAAGCAUCAAAGUUGUUGGACCGCCAGUUAAAUACAGUGAUGGAGGUAACUGCGUACGUUCCGCACCUCCAACGCUUGGGCAACAUACUGAUGAAGUUUUGAAAAAUUUGCUACAAUACAAUCAAGAACAGCUCAAAGAAUUGAGGCAACAAAAUGUUAUACAAUAAGGAGGAAUUAUUUUCAAUGAAAACUAUGCCAUACAUUCAAAUACUUGCCAUAAUCUGUGAUUAUUUUAAGAUAUACUGUAAUUGUGGGGACCCAAUUUGUUUCUUAAAUGUUUAUUUAGAUUUAAGGGGAUGUGAGAAUAAUUGUUAUAUUCAUAUUUUUACAGUUUCACAAUAAAGCGUAUAUUAUUCAUGCA